GGUGACUGAGAAGUCUGUGCCUGCUUCCUGAGGACUGCUCCGCCAUGCAGUGGCUGAUGAGGCUCCGGGUCCUUUGGGGCACCCACAAAUCCUGCCACGCCUUCCACCUGGCCCCUCGGACCUUGCGCUUCCCGUCUGUAUCAGCAACUGGCGCCCCGAGAUGGAAUGACCAUGAUAGACCUGAGAAAUUUAACUUUGCAAGUGAUGUCCUGGACUACUGGACUCAAAUGGAGAAGGAAGGCAAGAGAGGCCCCAACCCAGCCCUGUGGUGGGUGAACAGCCAAGGAGACGAAGUGAAGUGGAGUUUCAGAGAGCUGACCGACUUCACCUGCCGCGCAGCCAACGUCUUCACGCAGACCUGUGGCCUGCAGCAGGGAGACCGUCUCGCCUUGAUUCUGCCUCGAGUGCCUGAGUGGUGGCUGGUGGCCAUUGGCUGCAUCCGAACAGGGAUUAUCUUCAUGCCAGGGACAACCCAGCUGAAGGCCAAGGACAUUCUCUACCGACUAAAGCAGUCUAAUGCCCAGAGCAUCGUGACCACAGAUGCCCUUGCCCCAGAGGUGGACUCUGUGGCUUCUGAGUGUCCCGCUCUGAAAACCAAGCUCCUGGUGUCUGACCACAGCCGGGAGGGGUGGCUGGACUUCCAAUCUCUGAUUCAAUCAGCAUCCCCAGAUCACACCUGUAUUAAGUCAAAGACCACGGACCCAAUGGUCAUCUUCUUUACCAGUGGCACCACCGGCUUCCCCAAGAUGGCAAAACACAGCCAUGGACUUGCCUUGCGACACUCCUUCCCUUCAAGCAGGGAAGUACUGCAGCUGAAGGCCUCUGAUGUCCUGUGGUGCCUGUCAGAUCCAGGCUGGAUAUUGGCUGCUGUGGAGACCAUGAUUGAACCAUGGACAGCAGGGUCUACAGUCUUCAUCCACCAUCUGCCCCAGUUUGACCCUAAGGUCAUUGUGGAGACACUCUUUAAAUACCCCAUCACCCAGUACAUUGCUGCGUCCUCCGUAUUUCGAAUGAUUCUGCAGGAGAAUUUUGGCAGGUUCCCCACUCUGGAGCAUUGCUCUACUGGCGGGGAGGCCGUGCUGCCCGAGGAGCAAGAGAAGUGGAGACAACGGACCGGCCUUCUGCUCCACCAGAUCUACGGACAGUCGGAAACGGGACUGACUUGCGCCACUCCCCGGGGAUCACAGGUCAAGCCCGGUUCCAUGGGGAAAGCCAUCCCACCCUUCGAUGUCCAGAUCAUCGACGACAAGGGCAACAUCCUGCCGCCCAACACUGAGGGCAACCUUGGCAUCAGGAUCAAGCCCACCAAGCCCAUCGGCCUGUUCAUGUUGUAUGAGAAUGACCCAGCGAAGACAGCCAAAGUGGAGUGUGGGGACUUUUACAACACUGGGGACAAAGCAACUAUUGACGAAGAGGGCUACAUCUGGUUCCUGGGGAGGGACGAUGACAUCAUCAACGCUUCUGGGUACCGCAUUGGGCCGGCAGAGGUGGAGAACGCCCUGGCUGAGCAUCCGGCGGUGGCUGAGUCAGCUGUGGUGAGCAGCCCGGACCCGAUCCGAGGGCAGUUGGUGAAGGCCUUCAUUGUCCUGACCCCAAAGUUUCUGUCCCAUGACCCGGACCAGCUCGCCAAGGAGCUGCAGGAGCACGUGAAGGCAGUGACAGCCCCGUACAAGUACCCGAGGAAGGUGGAGUUUGUCCCUGAGCUGCCCAAAACCGUCACUGGCAAGAUCAAAAGGAAUGAACUUCGGGAAAAGGAGUUUGGUCAGAUGCAACAGCAGUAAAUUCAGCAUCCCUUCUGGGUGUGACCUUGGGCACACCCCUGGCUGUCUCGGUGCCCCCACAUGGCGGGGCGAGGGGGGAUGUUGAGGCUGAUGGGGAAGGGCCCAGGACGGCCAGCAUUCCCGCAUUUCUGUUCCUUUAAGUGAACAUCAGUCACUACCCUGCCUCCAAGGCUCUUGUUCCUUUGGAUGCCCAGGUGGGCGCUCAGAUCGGGGCUGAAGAUAAUAAAGUGCUGACAUCGACAUCA